UGCUGCUGCUGCGGCGGAGGAGGAGGCUGAGGGGACUCUCGAGCAGAGGCGGCAGCGGGCGGGCGGGAGCGCGCAGCCGCCGAGGCCCACUCCCAGCAGGCCCUGCGCGGCCCAGGUGGGAUGGUGCCCCCCACCGGCGCCAGCACCACGGAGGGAGGCGGAGGCGGAGGCGCCCGGGCGGGGAGGCGGCGGCGCGCGAGAGCGGCGGCGGCGGCGAGGAGGAGGAGAGUCGUCGAGGGCGGCGGCGGCGGCGGCGGGAGGGGACGGCCCGGAGGCGGAGGCUGCCCCCGCGGGCGGCGCUGAGGGAGGCGGCGGCGGAGGAGCCCCCCCCGCCCGCGCCGCCCCCCCGCCGCGGCAGCAGCAGCAGCGCCAGCAGCAGCCGCGGGGGCCUCAGCAUGGUGCGGGAGACCAGGCACCUCUGGGUGGGCAACCUGCCCGAGAGCGUCCGCGAGGAGAAGAUCAUCGAGCACUUCAAGCGAUAUGGACGUGUUGAAAGCGUCAAAAUUCUCCCCAAAAGGGGGUCAGAAGGUGGCGUGGCAGCCUUUGUGGAUUUUGUGGACAUCAAGAGUGCUCAGAAGGCACACAACUCUGUCAACAAAAUGGGAGAUAGAGAUCUUCGGACGGAUUACAAUGAACCAGGAACCAUUCCUAGUGCUGCUCGGGGAUUGGAUGAUACAGUUUCCAUAGCAUCUCGUAGUAGAGAGGUUUCUGGGUUCAGAGGAGGUGGUGGUGGGCCUGCAUAUGGCCCCCCACCAUCACUUCAUGCACGAGAAGGACGCUAUGAGCGGAGACUUGAUGGGGCUUCAGAUAACAGGGAGCGUGCGUAUGAACAUAGUGCCUAUGGACACCACGAACGGGGGACAGGAGGAUUUGAUCGGACGAGACAUUAUGAUCAGGAUUACUAUAGAGAUCCUCGGGAGCGGACUUUGCAACACGGACUCUAUUACAGUUCUCGGAGUCGAAGUCCAAGCCGCUUUGACACUCACGACCCCCGAUAUGAACCUCGGGCCCGGGAGCAGUUUACCUUGCCCAGCGUGUUAAAUAGGGAUAUCUACCGGGAUGAGCUUACGCGGGAAGUGCGAGGCAGAAGGCCAGAGCGGAAUUACCAGCACAGCCGGAGCCGGUCGCCGCAUUCCUCCCAGUCCAGGACCCAGUCUCCCCAGAGGUUGGCCAGCCAAGCAUCAAGACCCACCCGGUCCCCAAGCGGCAGCGGGUCUCACAGUAGAUCGUCAAGCAGCGACUCCAUCAGCAGCAGUAGCAGCACCAGCAGUGACAGCAGCGACUCCAGCAGCAGUUCCAGUGACGAGUCUCCAGCCCGGUCCGUACAGUCCACAGCUGUUCCCGCCCCCACCUCCCAGCUGCUUCCAUCUCUGGAGAAAGAUGAGCCCCGGAAAAGUUUUGGGAUCAAGGUUCAGAAUCUUCCAGUGCGCUCCACAGACACCAGCCUUAAAGACGGGCUGUUCCACGAGUUCAAGAAGUACGGGAAGGUGACGUCUGUGCAGAUCCACGGGGCCUCUGAAGAGCGUUAUGGGCUGGUGUUUUUUCGGCAGCAGGAGGAUCAGGAGAAAGCGCUGAAUGCCUCCAAAGGGAAGCUCUUCUUUGGCAUGCAGAUUGACGUGACAGCAUGGAUAGGCCCAGAAACUGAAAGUGAGAACGAGUUUCGGCCUUUGGAUGAAAGGAUAGAUGAGUUUCAUCCCAAAGCAACAAGAACUCUCUUCAUCGGCAAUCUGGAAAAAACCACCACCUAUCAUGAUCUUCGCAACAUUUUUCAGCGUUUUGGAGGAAUAGUGGAUAUUGACAUCAAGAAAGUGAACGGCAUCCCACAGUAUGCCUUCCUGCAGUACUGCGACAUUGCCAGCGUUUGUAAAGCAAUCAAGAAAAUGGAUGGGGAAUAUCUUGGAAAUAAUCGGCUGAAGCUGGGCUUCGGGAAGAGCAUGCCCACCAACUGCGUGUGGCUAGACGGCCUUUCCACAAACUUAACAGACCAGUAUUUAACACGCCACUUCUGCCGCUACGGGCCUGUGGUCAAGGUGGUGUUUGACCGCUUAAAAGGCAUGGCCCUCAUUCUCUACAAUGAGAUCGAAUAUGCACAGGCAGCUGUCAAGGAGACCAAGGGCAGGAAGAUAGGUGGAAAUAAAAUCAAGGUGGAUUUUGCAAACCGUGAGAGUCAGUUGGCCUUCUAUCACUCUAUGGAGAAAACGGGCCAGGAUAUCCGAGACUUCUACGAGAUGCUGGCAGAGAGAAGAGAGGAAAGAAGAGGAUCUUAUGACUAUGCUGCUGACCGUACUUACUAUGAGGCUGUAAGAACCCCAGGGACAUAUCCUGAAGAUCCUCGAAGAGAGUAUCCAGCUCGUAGUAGGGAAUUUUAUGCAGACUGGGAUCCUUAUCAAGGAGACUAUUAUGACCCACGAUAUUACGAUGAUCCGCGGGAAUACAGAGACUAUCGAGGUGACCCUUAUGAACAAGACAUAAGGGAAUACAGUUACAGGCAGCGGGAGCGGGAGCGAUUCGAAUCUGACCGGGACCACGAAAGGAGGCCUAUUGAACGGAGCCAGAGUCCUCAUUCCCGGCGGCCACAAAGCCCAGGAGCAUCUCCGUCGCAGUCUGAAAGGCUGCAGAGUGACUCAGAGAGGAGAAUUUACAGCAGGUCUUCAGAGCGAAGUGGCAGCUGCAGCUCCCUUUCCCCACCACGCUAUGAAAAGCUGGACAAAGCCCGCCUGGAGCGCUAUGCAAAAACUGAGAAAGCUGAAAAAGAGAGAGUCUUUGAGCAAGAGAGACCCGACAAGGACAAACCGCGGCUGGUUAGGAAAGAUAAAGCAGAAAAGCUCGAGAAGCAGAAACGAAAAGCCAGGACGCAUUCCCCCAGCUCCCCGUCUUCUGAGACAGACCAAGAGAACGAGAGAGAGCCCAGCCCAGAGAGGUCAAAAGGCAGCGGCAAGCAGAGCAGGGAGAGAGCUGAAAAAGAGGGGCCUGCUAAGAACCGCCUUGAACUGAUGCCGUGCGUAGUAUUGACUCGCGUAAAAGAGAAGGAAGGGAAAGUGAUUGACCAGCCAACUGUGGAGAAAUUGAGAGGGAAGCAAGAAAACGAUACAAGGAAGUCCCCUUUGCUUGAGCCAAAACUGCAGCUAUCCCAGGCUGAGGCAGCCAAGUCAGAUCAGCUGAAACCAGAGCCCAUCCGAACAAAGGUGCCAAAGGAGAAGGUGCUGGCCAGUCACGUCGAAGUGGUUGACAAGGAUGGGAAACUGAAGCCCAAGAAACACCUGAAGAUCGAGCAGCCAGGUGAAGUGGCAAACCCAAUUGACCUGGAAAAGUUGGAGGCUCGCAAAAGGCGCUUUGCAGAUGCAAGUCUGAAGCCCGAGAAACAAAAAACGGAAAUCAAAAGGAGUGCUCAGGAGGAAGAGGAGGCGGCGGCGGCGGCGGCAGCAGCACGCGUGAUUCUGAAAAAGCAGGUUGAUAUGACAGCAGAGUCUGAAAGGAAGUCCUUGAGGAAAGAAGCAUUCAAAAGGGACUCUAAGAAAAUUAAGAUGGAAAGGCUUGCUCCUGUUGCCAGUCCCAAGGAUACUCCAGAGCCUUCAAGCAUGUCUGCAAGUGUUGUUUUACGGCCCAGUUUAGAGCUGCAGGCCAGGCUGGGAGAGCCGGUCGAGGAACCUGUGGAAGUCCCUGAGAUCCCUUCCAGGAAGAUCAGUUCAAUGAAACUGCAGCACAAAUACCCCCAGCUGCUAGGUGAUCAAGGAUCAGAGAGAGAGGAUGUACGGAAAAACUACUGCAGUCUUCCAGAAGAAAUGCCUGACCACAGACAUGUCCCAGAGAAGCCCCCGUCGUCAGAGAUUGAGAAAAUCCCCAUUGACAUCGACCACACGCAGAGCUACCGGAAACAAAUGGAGCAAAGUCGUAGGUUAAAGCAGCAAAUGGAGUUGGAAAUAGCGAAGUCCGAGAAGUUUGGUAGUCCAAAGAAAGACCUAGAUGAGUAUGAGAGGCGGAGCCUGGUGCACGAGGUAGGGAAGCCCCCCCAAGACGUGACUGAUGACUCUCCCCCCAGUAAGCGUAAGAAGUCAUCUGAUGCUUUUGAUUUUGAAAUUAGCAUUAAGAGGGAGAGAAACUACCGAAGCUCCCGCCAGGUGAGUGAAGAUUCUGAGAGGAUGGCUUGUUCUCCAAGCCUCAAGCCUUUUCCUUUCCACGAGGAGGACGAGGUGCAGGACUCCCCAAGGCUGGUGACUUUAAAAGAAGCCAAAGAAUCUCCGAAAGUAGACGAAAAGGGCCCUGCGUGUUCUCACGUGCCUGUUAGAGAGGGCGCUCUGAAGUUUAAUCCCUACGAUUCCAGUCAGAGAGAACAGAUGGCAGAAAUGGCCAAGAUGAAGCUCUCCUCUCUGAAUUCGGAGGAGGAAUCCAAUCGGUGGGAGCCCCCAGUGAAACCAGAGCCUGUCCGAGUGGAUAUUAGCUUCCCCAGCAGCGUAGUCAAAAGAGACAGUCUCCGGAAACGGUCAGUUCGGGACCUGGAGCCGGGAGAGGUGCCUUCAGACUCGGAUGAGGAUGGCGACAGCAAGCCCCGGUCCCCUAAAGCCUCCUUGUUUCUAGAGAGCUCCCGCUUGUCUUUUUUACUGAGGGACAGGGAAGAAAAACUCCGGGAGAGAGAGGAAAGGCUGCCGGCCUCCUUGGAGAGGAACAGAUUCUAUUCUUUUGCGCUGGACAAAACCAUCACACCUGAUACGAAAGCCUUGCUGGAGAGAGCCAAGUCUCUCUCAUCGUCCAGGGAGGAAAACUGGUCUUUUCUUGACUGGGACUCAAGGUUUGCUAGCUUUAGAAACAACAAGGACAAAGAGAAAGUGGAUUCUACUCCAAGGCCGAUCCCUCCGUGGUAUAUGAAGAAGAAGAAAAUAAAAACCGACCCUGAAGGGAAGCUGGCUGAUAAGAAAGAGGAGCAUAAAGAGGAGGAGCAGGAGAGGCAGGAGUUGUUCGCCUCACGAUUCUUGCACAGCUCCAUCUUCGAACAGGACUCCAAGCGCUUGCAGCAUUUAGAAAGGAAAGAGGAAGACAUGGACUUCCUUUCUGGGAGGUUGUACGGCAGACAGUCUUCUCCAGAUGGGGCUAGCAGUGUCCCAGAUGUUUUGGUGCAAGAGCCGGUGGUUCUCUUCCACAGCAGGUUCGUUGAACUUACUCGCAUGCAACAGCUGGAGAAAGAAAAAGACAAGAAACCCAAAGAAGCUGAAAAGCAGGAAGAGAAGGAGAACCGCCCUCAGACGCCAGAGGCGACAGUGCCCGAGAGGAAAGAGCUGGAGCAGCCGUCUUCCGUGCUGGUGGGUCCAUUGCCAGCAUCUCUAGUCCUUCAAGAUCCAGAGAAGGUUGUGAGCGAGAAGCUGCCAGCUGAUCUGCCCUGCGUAAAAGAAGAAAAGGUCCUGGAGCUGAGUCCUGGAGCUGCAGAGCCUCUUCCUGAACUCCCUUGUCUGGCAGGCCCUCCUGUGAAAGUCGAACUGCCUGAGCCGUCGCUUGAAGCCUCUCCAGCUUCAGAACACAAAGAGGCUACGCUUUCGGGUGCAACUCAUGAGGAGGACUCCACCCCUGUGGAGAACCCUUUGUCUUUGGAUACAAAGCCACCUACUCCCGGGUCUUCUUUCUCCCAAACAGAUACCAGCAUAGACCAGGAAGCAGAUGCAGCUCCCCCACCACUGGCCGCCAUCUCUGAAGAGCUGUCGGAACCCAAGGAAGACUGUGUUUCAGGGGUCGCUGGCGCCGAAUCUGCUUCAGGUCAGAAAGCAGAGGCGGUGGCCGAGGUUUUCCCUGCAGCUUCUGAUACGGAGGUCGAGGCUGAACCUCUGGUGGUUGUGAGAGACAAAAGGACUUGCAAGAACAAGCGAUCCAAAACUCCUGUCCAGGCUGCUCUUGCAAACAUUACCGAUAAACCCAUCACAAGGAAGAGCGAGAGGAUUGACCGUGAGAAGCUUAAAAGAUCUGGCUCUCCCCGUGGAGAAGCGCGGCUGAAAGGAGAAGCAGAGAAGGCUUUGAAAAGUGCCGCUAAAUCUCCAAGUCCAGCAGCGGAGCCAGGCAACCCAGAGCCAAGUUUGCCUGUUGGCCGAACGAGGCGCAGAAACGUCAGGUCGGUUUAUGCUACCCCAGGAGACCACGAGGGUCCCUCCCCUGUAAAAGAUCCUGUGGAGGUGACCAGGUCUACCAGAAAAAGGGCCGAAAGAGAGCCACUCGAGACAGUAAUAGUUCCCACUCCUCCCAAAAGAGGCCGGCCUCGAAAGUCACGUCACAAACCCGAGGAGGAAAUUUCUCCAGUCAAGACAGAGCCUGCGCAGCUGGAAGCAGAAGAAGCAGAAACAAAAGAAGCUGCAGACACCCCUAAGCCUGUGGAGGGGUGGAGGUCCCCUAGAUCCCAGAAGCUCCUACACAGCCACUCAUUGGCUGCUAGUUGUCAGCCCGGGAAAAAAGGCCGAGCUGAGCCAAAGGUCGAGAUCCCAGCAGACCACGAAGAGCCACCUGAACUGCCUGGGCAUGGUUCUAACGCAGGAGAAAAUGUCAAUAAAAUCAAGGCAGACAAAGAAACAGCUGCUAGUGAACAGAAGCCAGAAAGGAAAGAGGUUGAUGUGAACAAAAAUGUCCCUGAAAUCUGCACACUUGAGAUUGUAGAAAGAAAACUUGCCCCAGAGAAGAUGACCAAGUCCAAGAGGGGAAGAUCUAGAAACAUCAAGGCUGUUGACAAAGCAUCAUUGAUCAAGAGCCUGAAAAGUGUGGAAAUCCGGCUCAAUGUGGAUGAGGUCAGAGGCGCUCUACGGCCGAGUGAAGAGGAGAUGGAACCCAUGCCAUCGUCCCCCAAAAACAAAGCUCCCCAAGAAGAAGACAAAUUGCCUGCCCAUUUCCUAAAGAGUGAGGCAGACGACCCCUUUCAGGAUACAGGGCAAGAUACCCCAUGUGAGCCAACGCAGUCUCCCGAAGCAGCCCAGCUGGCCAAGCAAAUAGAACUCGAGCAGGCAGUGAAGAACAUUGCCAGGCUCACGGAAGGCCCAGCUCUCGCAGCCUAUAAGGAGCAGGCAGCAGACGUUUCGGAGGUCCGCCCGGAAGAGGAGGGCGACAAGCCUGCUCAUCAGGCGAGUGAAACAGAACUAGCAGCGGCCAUUGGCUCCAUCAUCAACGACAUUUCUGUAGAGGCAGAGAGCUUCCCUGCUCCCCCACCGUAUCCUUCAGAAUCUGAGAUUCCUGCAGAGCCAUCAGUCUCGCCGUCUCCACAAGAGGAGAUGGAACCUGAAACGGACCAAGCCGUCAGCAAUAUUUUGGAAUCCGAAGCAGCGGCUGUGGCCGAGCCACCUGCACCCCCGACCACCGGGUCUGCCACCCCGGCCACAGCUGCCACAAGCAAAGAGGCUGAAGUGAGUUUGAGCGAGUCGUCUGGUUCAGCACAGGAAGUGGAAACCCUGCAGGAGGCUGAUGGGCCUCGGAAGGAGAGGGGCCGCCAGAAGGCUGCUCGGCUGAGGCGUAAACGGAGCACCAGCAAAAAAGGAGAGGCUGCUGAGCUGAGGCCAGCUGAGGCCGAAAGCAAGCUGGUCAGAUCCACUGUGGCCAACGAAGUGCAAGGGAAACUGGAGGAAGGCGUGGAAGGUGACAAGUCCAGCAAAACGUCUUCUCCGGUCUCCCCCGAAACAGCUGCUCCAGACGCCAGCCAGACUCUGCCUCAGAAGACAGCAUCACAGCAGCCUUCCACAGAAAGCAGCCCCCUGUCUAAAGCUCCCGGUCCACGGAGCCUGUCCCCUCUCUCACUGCCCGUUGACGAUGUGAGCCAAAUGGGGUUUAAACUGCAUUCAGCCACUGAGAGCCCUCCUGUAACUCCACUGAGUGCCCCCAGCCCGCCUGUCGCAUCCGUUCCUUCAGCUGCUGCAGCUAAGCUUGGGAGCCCCGCCUGUGCCGCACUGGGUCCCCUUCCCUCCACUGCAGCCAAGGUGACGGAAUGGAUGGUGAAGCACGAGGAGGCUCGGGCCCGCUCCACCCCUCCUCCUGCUCUUCCCCCGGACACAAAGGCCUCAGAUAUUGACACCAAUUCCAGCACUUUGCGGAAAAUCCUGAUGGAGCCCAAGUAUGUGUCUGCAGCCAGCGCUGCCUCUACGCACGUCACAACGGCUGUCACUGACCCGGUGAGUUCCCCUCGCCUGGAAGAGGCUCCGCCUCACCCCCCGGCAGAGGCCAUGAUGAAGCCAGACGUGGAAGAGAAACCAGCCGUGCCCCUUGCCCUGAAUGCUCUGGACCCCCCUGCCGCAGAGGCUCCUUCUGUCCUUGCAGAGAAAGAGAAGAUCGUGACGGUGGUCACCCCCAAGGCCACGUCCGUGAUCAGCAGGCUGCCCCCCAGUAUUGACCUGGAGGAAGCCUCCAGAAUUGCGCUGGUGAAGCCGGGGGCCCCCCCGCAGGCGUGCCCCGUCAGCGCCCUUCCUCUGAAGCACAAGCAGAGGCUGAGUGCGAACGACGACAGCCGCUUCCCCCCGGGGUCCAUGUGUGUGAUUGAAGACCGACCGGCAGAGAGCGGCUCCAGCCCGGGUCUUCGUGUCAACACCUCGGAAGGCGUUGUGCUUCUGAGCUACUCGGGACAGAAGACGGAAGGCCCACAGAGGAUCAGUGCCAAGAUUAGCCAGAUCCCUCCAGCCAGCGCCGUGGAUAUUGAAUUCCAGCAGUCCGUCUCCAAGACCCAAAUUAAGCAGGAGCCUCUGGGGCCUGGUCAGCUAGCUCCCAAGGGAUCUCAGCCAGCAACCGCAUAAUGGGGAACGCUUCGGCCCCUUGCAGCCUUCGUGCUGGAGCCCUCAGAUCCUACGACUCACAUUUCGCCCAGAGAGCUCUCCUCGAGUCAAAGCAAGCCCUUUGGCAGUUUGGAGAAAUCUGAGCCGGCGCCGCUGUCUGCCCUGGCCCCUGCUUCCCAGCCCGGCACAGUGAAGGCCCUUUCCCAGCCCAGCAGCACUCCGCCCAUCCUGGUCCACAACCAGAUGGUGCUCUCUCAGGGCCUGGCUUCCAGCAACAAAAAGCUUCCAGACCCGACAGUCCUGAAGGUGGAGCCCAAGGCCCUCCAGCCUUCCAGCCUGAGCCCCGGGAUCGUCGGUCCUCAUCACCCUUCCUUGUCUGGCAAGAUGCAUCCGGACGCCAACCACGUGAACGUGGGGCCUGGCCCUGCCAGCGACCGGGCAGGCCCUCACCUGGGAGUCUCCAAGCAGGAGCCCCUGUCUCCCCGAACUAGCGGGCAUUCUCCUUCGCCAUUCUCAAGGGCUUGCCACCCCGGAGGCCCCUCUUCCCCAGCCUCCGUCAUGCUGGGAAUCCAGGGCUCUCCUUGCCCAGGGAUCCCGGUGCCUCAGUACAUCUCCAGCAUGCACCCCGAGCAGUCUGUGAUCAUGCCUCCCCACAGCGUCACCCAGACGGUGUCCCUGGGCCACCUCUCCCAAGGGGAAGUGAGAAUGAACACCCCUCCCCUGCCCGGCAUGCCCUACAGCAUGCGCUCGGAAGCGCUCCACUCUCCCAGGGCAGCUCUGCAGCCUCAGCGCUCCAGCACGCCUCAGCCGGCUCCCGUCAGAGAGAUUGUUAUGCCGCCGUUGUCUUCCCAGCAUUCCCCAGAAGAGGAAAUGCACUAUCACCACACGGUGUGUCGGGGGUCUGCCCCAGUGCAGUCAGAUGUGCUGGUCAUGCAGCCAGACUACCGCAUGCACCCGACUGGGAUUCGGCUCGACCAGUACAACGUGGCCCGGGACAUGAGGAUGAUGAUGCACCCACACAUGGCAGCGGUGGGGGGUGAGCACCACCCGGACGCUCGGCAGUCCAGAACGCCAGAAGGAGGAUCUGUCAAAACGCCGCCUGCCCCCAAGACCCUCCAGUCAGGCAAAGAGACUCCCAAGUCUUCGGACGUCGUCAAACUGGCCCACUCCCCGCACAGUGAGCCCCGCCUUCUCAGCAGCCAGCUGCCCGGCCUGCCUCUGACGCAGCCGGUGGUCGUGCCGCACGGUGUCCAAAUCAUGCAUCCUGCCGGGAGCUCCUUCCACGACUACCGGGCUGUGUACGGCGACAUCCGGAGCUACCACCCAGCGGCUCAGCUUGGCCCGCCUCCCUUUUCAGGGGCUCCCUCGAUGGGCCUGCCUUCUCGGAGCAUGACCCCCUCCCAGGGUCUGCCGGAAGGAGAGCACUCGCACCCCAGUCAGCCGGCCCACAGCAAGACGCCUCAGCUCUCCCAGGAGCCCAAGGGGGCACAGGCGGCAGCCUCAGAGCUGGCACACCACUCCGCCACCAGCCGGCACGUCCCGCAGAUCGACGCUCACGUGCACCUUCCGCGGGCCCAGGCGGACACGGGCUCCACCUCCUACCCUUCUCCUGUUGCCAUUUCUGUGAAGCAGGAGCUGCCCUCCCCACACCAGGCCCAAGCGGUGCAGAAGGCAGCCCUCUUCAUCCCGACCACCGCUGGUCCCGGCGUCCCCCCGGGGCUGUCGCUUUCCCGCCCAGAACCGCAGGCGGCGCUCAAACCCGAGCCUGUUUCUCAGAGGCCUGUCGACAUGGUCCAACUUCUGACAAAAUACCCGAUUGUAUGGCAGGGGCUCUUGGCCUUAAAGAACGACACAGCCGCAGUCCAACUGCACUUUGUCUCUGGCAACAACGUCCUGGCGCAUCGCUCCCUGCCUGCUCCAGAAGGGGGGCCUCCGUUGCGCAUUGCCCAGCGCAUGAGGCUGGAAAUGUCCCAACUGGAGGGUGUGGCACGCAGAAUGAUGGUGGAGAGCGAUUAUUGCCUGCUGCUGGCCUUGCCCUGCGGACGAGACCAAGAGGACGUGGUCAGCCAGACAGAGUCACUGAAGGCCGCUUUCAUCAGCUACCUGCAAGCCAAGCAAGCCGCCGGCAUCAUCAACGUUCCCAAUCCUGGCUCCAACCAGCCAGCUUACGUCCUGCAAAUAUUCCCGCCCUGUGAGUUCUCCGAGAGCCACCUGUCUCGCCUCGCCCCAGACCUCCUUGCCAGUAUCUCCAACAUCUCACCUCACCUUAUGAUUGUCAUCGCAUCAGUCUGAGCUGCUCACCGAUAGUGAACGUGUCUCUCCAAGGCACAAGAGCAAGAACAGAGGCAGUGAAUGGAUGGACAGCCGGGAGGAGCGGCCACCUCCUGCCUCAGUGGGACUCCGGCAGACAGCGCCGCUGGACGUGUGGCCCCGCCACCCUUGGAUGUUUACAUAUGGCUUUAGCUGAGAUAGACGUCGUCGAAGGCACUCUUCGAGGCAGGCUGCCCUUGGUUUUGGUGCCUCCUUUUGGGGGGAAAUUAAAGGAAGGCUAUUAUUUUUAUUUACAAAACAGAUUUUUAAAAAAAGGAACCAGAACUGCCUUUGCACUAAAUUAGUGACUUUGGACCUUUGCAUAGUUGAAGACAUGUUGUGGCGUUCUGAACGGAUGUCUCGAUACACACACGGACUUGGAAGCUCAGGAGCCAGGGCAGUUUGCUCCUUUCCGUGGAUCAAGGAGCAGCUCCCGUGUCCGCCGCGUCCUCCUCCCUCCGUCUGGGAUGUACAGUUUACAGUGAAACAAAGCAUGAAAGGGAGAGCCGCGGCUUCCUUUCCUUGUGGGAUGUGCAGGACUCGGGGUGGGGGUGGGGUGUGCGUGUAUGUAUAAAUAUAUAUAUAUAUAAUAUAUAUAUAUAAAUAUAUAUAAUACCAACUUUAAAAAGAAAUCUGAUCCCCACAACAUACUUUUUUUUUAAUCUGUGCCAAAAAUGUGUUUUCAGAGAAAAAAAAAAUCUUAUUUUCAUACUCGGACUUUGUAUGUGUCACUCAUUUGUAAGUGCGCUUCAUUUAGACAUCCCCCCGCGCGCGCCCCCAGUCACAUGUGGAAGUGUUAACACACUUGUGCAGCCCCCCCCCUCCCCUGUCCUCCUUGUUCCCCUCCACCUCCCCUAACGAUUAAUUUAUGGAACUGUUUUUCUCAGCGCAGUUUUGUUUUGUGUGUCCAUUGGAUUACCAACUUUAUUAAAAAAUGCAAAACA